AUGCAGCGCCGGGCGAUAUCUGAACACGACAGGGGCCACGAGCUCAGAGCUGUGCGAGGCCUGUGGCCUAGGCCAUGCCAGCCCUCCUGGCUCGGAGUCUUGCGAAGACUGCGUGCCUGGGCGCUUUGGUCCCACCGACACCUCUCCGGAGUGCGAGUUUUGUCCAGCCGGCCGCUGGGUGGAGGUGGCCCUGGCCAGCAGCUGCACCUUCUGCGCGGCGGGCCGGUCCAGCGUCACGGAGGGCGCCAGCAGCCAGGAGGCCGAGCAGCGAAGGAGACGGGUAGCAGCGUCUGCGAGCAAUGCCCCGCAGGGAGCUGGGUGGGCACCGCCAAAGCCACAGCGUGCCUGGACUGCGUGGCGGGCACCGCCAGCAGCCAAGUCGGCGCCACCACCCAGGAGUGGUGCCUUCGGUGCACGAUCGGCAACUGGUCCUCCGCCGGCGCGGGCGCCUGCGAGGCCUGCGCUGCAGGGCGCUGGUCGGACCAGGCCGGCGCCUCCGAGUGCCAGGACUGCGCCACGGGGUUCUGGUCGUCCGAGCCCAGCUCCACCAGCUGCAGCGCUUGCGCGGCCGGGCGCUUCGCCGGGCAGCCGGGCACCUCCUCCGAGGAGGGCUGUGAGCUCUGCGUGCCGGGCCGCUUCAGCACCGCAGAGGGCGUCAGCAGCUGCCAGCUCUGCCCCAAGGGCCAGUGGCAGGAAGCGCCCGGGGCGACUGAGUGCAGCGUUUGCCUGGCUGGCACCUCCAAUGGUGCCGAGGGCGCAAAUAGCCAGUCCCUCUGCGCGCCCUGCCCGCUGGGCUCCUGGAGCGCAGCCGGGGCUGGGGAGUGCAGCGCCUGCGUCAGCGGCACCUUCAACGGCCAGCAGGGCGCCAGCGUAUGCGACGACUGCCCCAUGGGGAAAUAUGGCGACGGGAACGGUGCCACUGCAGAGGGGGACUGCCAGCUCUGCGGCGUGGGGCGCUUCAGCCAGCAGCUGGCCGCGACCUCCUCCUACGCCUGCGAGCCCUGUGCCGCCGGGCGCUUCGCCGAGGAGGAAGGCACCUCCGAGUGUGCAGGGUGCCCGGCAGGGCGGGUGGGCAAAGUCAUGGCAGCCUUCGAGCUGUCCUCCUGCACCUUCUGCCCCCCCGGCAACUUCAGCGGGGAAGGUUGGACCGACUGCGAGCAGUGCCCUGCUGGCCGCUUCACUGCAUCCCAGGGCACCUCGCUGUGCAACGCCUGCGGGCAGGGCAGCUGGAGCCGCGCCCUGGGCGCCACCAGCCGCGAGGUCUGCCAGCCCUGCGCCGCCGGGCGCUUCGGCCCCCUGGAGGUGGCCUCAACUCCAGAGAGCUGUGAGUCGUGUCAGCCGGGGAGGUGGAUGGACCAGGAGGGCGCCCCGGAGUGCACUGCCUGCGACCCGGGCCGCGCGGGGAACCAGACCGGCGCCACAAGUGAGGCGGUCUGCCAGACCUGCGGCCGUGGCGUCUUCAGCGCCCCUGGCUCCUCUGGCUGUGGGCCCUGCCCCGCGGGUCGCUUCGGGGACGAGGAAGGCCUCGGAGAGUGCCGGGCCUGCCCCAGGGGCCGCUACGGGCCAUCCCAGGGCUCCCUGAGCGGCCACACCUGUUUUCCCUGCCCAAAGGGCUACUGGACGCUUGAGGAAGGGUCCGCGCACUGUUCAGGAUGCGCCGCUGGCAGCGUCAACACAAAGGAGGCGGCAGCCGAGGAAGGUGUCUGCGUGGCACAGGAGACGGGCGCCGCAGCUCAGCAAAUGGGGGGUUUCAUCCUUGUCUUGGUCCUGACGCUGCUUUAG